GGAAGCGGCGGCCGUGGGAAACACUGCGAGGUCGGUUCCGCCCGGCUCCAACAUGGCGGCGCCCUUUGUCUGCUCUGAGGUGCCGUCCCCGGCCUUCGACCGGCCGUGAUGCGUCUCCCUCUGCGGCAGGGUCCGGAACAUGGCAGUGGUGAUGGAUGUAGCUACAGCCAAAGAAAAUUAUUUGGGCUGGAUAAGAAGUCUUAGCUACAGGAAGUGUUAGCCAUGGAUUUCCCGCAACAUAGCCAGCUGGUCCUGGAACAGUUGAAUCAGCAGCGGCAGCUGGGUCUGCUGUGUGACUGCACCUUUGUGGUGGACGGAAUCAACUUUAAGGCCCACAAGGCCGUGCUGGCAGCUUGCAGUGAGUACUUCAAGAUGCUCUUUGUGGACCAAAAGGACGUGGUGCACCUGGACAUCAGUAACGCGGCAGGUCUAGGGCAAGUGUUGGAAUUCAUGUACACAGCCAAGCUGAGCCUGAGCCCUGAGAAUGUGGAAGAUGUGCUGGCCGUGGCGGGCUUCCUCCAGAUGCAGGACAUCGUCAGUGCAUGCAAUGCCCUCAGAUCCCUUCCCGUGACAACCUCCAGCACAUUGGAGAAACAAGAACCUCCUGAGCCUGAGGGAGAAGAUAAGAAGAUGGAUGAAGAAAAGAAAGUUGCUGCUGCUACCCUCAGUGAGCUGGACCGAGUAGAGUAUAUCCCUCCAGCAGAACCUGGUGGGGGAAUGAAGGGUGAACCAGAGGCCCAAGUGGAGAACAGAGGGGAUGGGCUCGGUGCCAAGGAGGAGAAGGAAGCCACAUCCAAGGAGUCACUGCCUACAGAAACUAGACCCAGUUCUGUGGGUACACCUCUUGAGGUACUCGUGUCACGAAGAUCACAGCAAGAGGGGGAAACAGAGAUCCAGAGAAAUGAAGCAGCUCACCCAAAGGGCCCAGCAGAAAUGGAGGCUGAGCCAGUGAAGGAGGACGAAGAACAGGACAGCAGCCAAGAAGCAGCAUUGUUGGGGAAGAGCAGCACCACCGAGGAGAACAGGCCUCCACUGGAGAAUGGAGGCUCUGCCACUGAGGAGAAUGAGGAGUCUGGAGGCACCGACUCCGGGCAGGAGAAUGUCGGGGAGGCUCGAGUCUUACGUUCAGGCACCUACAGUGACCGGACAGAGUCGAAGGCCUACGGCUCUGUGAUUCACAAGUGUGAGGACUGUGGGAAGGAGUUCACUCACACGGGGAACUUCAAGAGGCACAUCCGCAUCCACACGGGAGAGAAGCCUUUCUCCUGUCGGGAGUGUAACAAGGCCUUUUCAGAUCCAGCAGCCUGCAAAGCCCAUGAGAAAACACACAGCCCCCUGAAGCCCUACGGCUGUGAGGAGUGCGGCAAGAGCUACCGCCUCAUCAGCCUGCUCAACCUGCACAAGAAGCGGCACACUGGGGAGGCGAGGUACCGCUGCGGAGACUGUGGCAAGCUCUUCACCACCUCUGGCAACCUUAAGCGCCACCAGCUGGUGCACAGUGGGGAGAAGCCCUACCAGUGUGACUACUGUGGGCGCUCCUUCUCGGACCCCACCUCCAAAAUGCGGCACCUGGAGACCCACGACACAGACAAGGAGCACAAGUGCCCCCACUGUGACAAGAAGUUCAACCAGGUGGGCAACCUGAAAGCGCAUCUAAAGAUACACAUCGCGGACGGACCCCUGAAGUGCAGGGAGUGCGGCAAGCAGUUCACCACCUCGGGAAACCUGAAGCGGCAUCUCCGCAUACACAGUGGGGAGAAGCCCUAUGUCUGUGUCCACUGUCAGAGGCAGUUUGCAGACCCCGGUGCCCUGCAGAGGCAUGUGCGCAUCCACACAGGUGAGAAGCCGUGCCAGUGCCUCAUCUGUGGAAAGGCUUUCACGCAGGCCAGCUCCCUCAUCGCCCACGUGCGCCAGCACACCGGGGAGAAGCCCUACGUCUGUGAGCGCUGUGGCAAGAGGUUUGUCCAGUCCAGCCAGCUGGCCAACCACAUCCGGCACCACGACAACAUCCGGCCGCACAAGUGUAGCGUGUGCAGCAAAGCCUUCGUCAACGUGGGCGACCUGUCCAAGCACAUCAUCAUCCACACGGGGGAAAAGCCCUUCCUCUGCGACAAGUGUGGCCGCGGCUUCAACCGAGUGGACAACCUUCGCUCCCAUGUGAAGACGGUUCACCAGGGUAAAGCCGGCAUCAAGAUCAUGGAGCCGGACGAAGGCGACGAGGUCAACAUCGUUACGGUCGCCUCGGACGAUAUGGUCACGCUGGCCACGGAGGCGCUGGCCGCCACAGCUGUCACCCAGCUUACAGUGGUGCCUGUUGGGGCCGCAGUGACGGCGGAUGAGACCGAAGCCCUCAAAGCUGAGAUCACCAAAGCUGUGAAACAGGUCCAAGAAGCAGACCCAAAUACCCAGAUCCUCUAUGCUUGUGAUUCAUGUGGUGAGAAGUUCCUGGAUGCCAACAGCUUGGCCCAGCAUGUCCGGAUCCACACAGCCCAGGCCCUGGUCAUGUUUCAAGCAGAUACGGACUUCUACCAGCAGUAUGGCCCAGGCAGCACGUGGCAGGCGGAGCAGGUGUUACAGGCCGGGGAACUGCUUUUCCGCCCCCGGGAAGGGACUGAAGGCCAGCCUACCCUGGCAGAGCCCCCUCCACCCACUGUGGCUGAAUGAGGGGAGUGUGGGUGGGCAGAGGCCAUGGCAGACACCCCCUCUCCCGACUAUUUAAAGAUGGACAAUGCACCCUGGAUCCCUAGAGAGAAUAAAUUGGAUUAUUUUCUAAAA